AUGUCUAUGUAUUUCAGCAAUCAAGCGAUACGAACACCACUGACUCGUCGCCGGAUCUUGCAACGUGAAAGGCUGCUGAACGGCUUUAAUUCGCUGAUUUCUGGAGCGCAGCGUAGUGUAAUGCAGAAAACUGAAUCCGUAAAGCAACCCGCUGUCUCCACAGUCGACAUCACUAAGCCGUCAUCGCGCAGUGGUCAUGGUGCAACGAAACCGCGUCCUCCGUUGAAACCUCGUGAUUUGGCGCAGCGUUCAGUAACAUGGACCCAAACAAGCGGUGUAGAGCAAUUACCAACGUGCGGAACAACUGACAACGUCAAAUGUGUCACCACUUCAGAGGACGACGUCGAAACGGCGGCAACGGCUUCCGUUUCCACGGCAGAUGAGUGUUCGACAUUUGAUGUCGCCACAAGUGAGGAGUGUUCUCCGUCAAAUAAGGCAAUCUUACGGAGGAGGAGUGCACGACCUCGUUUGGCGCCGCCUCCACCGCCACCGAAAAAGCCGACGGCCGAAUCGCAACAUAAGAGUCAGUUAACCGACAGUCAAUCACGGUAA